ACAGGAUUAUGGCGCUGAACAUUGACCAGACCAAAUUCCUGGAGGAGGCGAUGCGCAAGGUCAAGGAGCAAGCCUUCUACAUGAAGCAUGCCAUGGACAAUGAGGACUUGAAAGGGACGCUGACUCAUGCGUCAGACAUGUUGCGGGAGCUUCGAACGGGCCUCCUGACUCCUAAAAGCUACUAUGAGCUGUACAUGAAGGUGUUGGAUGAACUCCGUUACGUGGAGGACUACUUCACCGGUCUGCAGAAGCAAGGGAAGCCGGUCGUCGAGCUCUAUGAAAAGGUGCAGAGCUGCGGGAAUGUACUCCCGCGUCUCUAUUUACUCAUAACUGUCGCGGGUGUCUAUAUCAAGUCUUUGGAAGCGCCGGCGCGCGACAUUCUCAAAGAUUUGGUAGAGAUGAGCAAGGGCGUGCAGCAUCCCAUGCGCGGCCUUUUUUUGCGAAAUUACCUCUCCCAGGUGAGCCGCGACAAGCUACCUGACGUGGGCACCCCGUAUGAAGGAGAAGAGGGCGGUAGUGUGCAGGACGCAUACGAAUUCAUUCUCCAGAACUUCUCGGAGGCAAACCGACUAUGGUGCCGCAUGCAGCAGCAGCCGACCAACGCGCACAACAAGGACAAGAAGCGACGGGAAAAGGAGAGGCAAGAGUUGCGGAUACUGGUGGGAACCAAUCUGGUCCGCCUCAGUCAGCUCCAGGGCGUGGAGGCGGCCACCUACAAGGAGCACAUCCUCCCGCGCCUCCUGGAGCAGGUGGUGCAGUGCAAGGACACCCUUGCCCAGUCCUAUCUGAUGGAGUGCAUCGUCCAGGUCUUCGGCGACGAGUUCCACAUCGCCACGCUCGACCUCUUCCUGGCCGCGUGCACGCAGCUGAAGGAGAAGGUGAAUGUGCGGGCCAUUUUGGAGGGCGUAAUGGACCGGCUGGCGACCUUUGCUGAGGCCAACCCCGCCGCCAUCCCCCCCCACCUCCGGACUUUCGACAUGUUCAACACCUGCGUGAGCAAGCUCCUGGAGGAGCGUCCGGGCUAUUCGGUGGUAGAGGUGCUGCGCCUUCAGGCCUCCCUCCUCAACUACGCCCUUCAUUCCUUCCCCGGCAACCUCGAGUACCUGAACCUAGCUCUCGGGAAUUGCGCCACGGCCCUGGCAGACAAACGGGCGGCCCAUCAGGAGCAAGCCGUCAUCGUGGCGCCCUUGCCCUUUGCCCUGGACAGCGAAGGCGUGGAGGUCGUGGAGCGCCUCCUCACUCUCCCCUUGGCCUGUCUGGCGCUGAAGGUGCUGGAGCUGCCACACUUCGCCUCCCUCCUCGAGUUCCUCCCAUGGGCGAGCCGGCGCCAGGUGGGCGUGACACUCCUCCAGGCUGUGUACAACUCCCGGGCAAAGCUGAGCGACCUGGAGAGCGUGGAAAAGCUGCUGGAGAUGGUGGUGCCUGUGAUCAAGGAGGAGCCCUCCUCGGUGCUGGGCUCCGAGGAGGGCCAGGCUCUGCGGCGGCAGCAGAACGGGGAGGGAGGGGUGGAGGACGCAGAGGAGGAGGACGAAGCCGGCGCUUCCCGGUCGCGGGGGGGGGGGUCCACAGGGAGCACAGAGAACGGGAAGGCACGGAGGCUGGAGGAGGAGCAGCUCCUGCUCGGGCGCCUGGUGCAUGUGAUGGCGAGCCCGGACACGGAUAUGCAUUUCAGGUUCCUGACGGUGGCGCGCCGGCACUUCAGCGAGGCGCCCAAGGACCGGUUCCAGUACACGUUUCCACCCUUGGUCCUGGCGACCUUGCAGCUGGUGCAGCGGGUGCGAAGACGAGAGGUGGCGGCUGAGGGCGCGGACGGCAAGCAGGAGGGAGACACGCAGGGGGGCCGCGCGGCCUCGGAGGGUGCCUCCGAGCAGGCGGCCGCGGAGGAUGGCAACGGGGUGCUGGGGUUGAAGAAGAGAGACGUGCCGGGCGUGCAAUUUGGCUGCCGGAAGCUCUUCCAAGCCGUGCACGAGAUGCUCACCUCCUUGGCCCCGCAUUUUGCAAACCUUGCGCUGAAACUUUUCUUGGAGGCCGCGCAGGCCGCCGAUCGAUGCGAGGCAGACGCCUUCAAACUCAUCUCGUACGAAUUCGUGACCCAGGCCUUCUUGCUGUACGAGGACGAGGUCACGGACUCUAAGUCCCAAAUACGGGCCCUGACCGCCAUGAUUGGCACGCUCCUGCAGGCCCGCCACUUCGACGAGAGCGACUACGAUGCUUUGAGCACCAAGGUCACACAGUACGCAGCCAAACUCCUCAAGAAGCCCGAUCAGUGCCGCAUGGUAGCCUUGGCCUCCCAUCUCUUCUUCGUCGGUCGUGCCGACGAGCCUGGCCAUUACCACGACCCCAAGCGUGUCAUUGAGUGCCUACAGCGCUCUGUCAAAACCGCCGACAUGUGCAUGGCCUCAUCCCAGCAUAUGCACCUAUUUGUAGAGGUCCUGAACCACUACUUAUACUUUUACGAAUGCGGUUGCCCUACUGUAACAGAAAAGUACCUGUCAGCUCUAGUGGCCUUCAUAAACGACAAGCGGAACGAGGCGGCUCUUGUGGGCGGGGGGCCGGCGGAAGGAAGCUCACGCGCCGCUGAGAUAGAAGCAUACUAUAAAAAUACGCUUGACUAUAUCCGCUUGAAAAAGACUCAAACGGAUAACAAAGAGCUGGCAGACAGGUUUUCCGCUAUCCAAGUGUAAUCAUGAAAAGGAGAUAAGAAGUUGCCUGUCAUCCCCGGGAUGUGGGAAGGUUUUUGCCGCUUGUGUAAAGGAAUGACCCGAACGCAUGUGAAAAAA